UCUCUUCUCUCUGCCCUUCGGUGCUUCUGAAGAGCCGGUGAGGUCUGCAGCGAGAGAGAGAGACUGGAGCGACUCGGGGAGGAGAAAGAAUUAAGGAAGGGAAAAGAUGGCGAGUUGCAGGAGCAGCGUGGAGAAGGCGUUUUUGUGCUGCUUCUUGCUGGCAGUGGGGAGUCUGAACUCCUGCGCCCAGCCCGAAGAGGAGGGAGAGCAAGAAGUGCAGCGCUCCUGUCACGGCGCCUUUGAUCUCUACUUCGUCCUGGAUAAGUCUGGAAGUGUCAAAAAUCACUGGACAGAAAUUUAUUCCUUUGUGGAAAGCCUAGCUGAGAAGUUCAUAAGUCCAUUGUUGAGGAUGUCUUUCAUCGUUUUUUCUUCACGAGGCACUACAAUCAUGAAACUCACAGAAAACAGGGAAGCCAUAAGACGAGGGCUCGACAUUCUUCAGUCUGAAGUGCCUGGAGGAGACACAGUCAUGCAUGAAGGAUUCAAAAGGGCAAACGAGCAGAUUUACCAGGAAAUCUAUGGAGGAGUUCGGACUGCCAGUGUUAUUAUUGCUCUGACGGAUGGAGAACUGCAAGACAUUCAGUUUUAUUAUGCAGAACAAGAAGCCAACAGAGCCAGAAGCCUUGGAGCUAUUGUUUAUUGUGUUGGAGUGAAAGAUUUCAACGAAACUCAGCUGUCAACAGUUGCUGACAGCAUCGAUCAUGUUUUUCCAGUUACGGGAGGCUUUUAUGCCCUAAGAGGAACCAUUGAUUCAAUUCUGAAGAAAUCUUGCAUUGAGAUCCUAGCAGCUGAACCAUCCAGUGUUUGUGCAGGAGAGUCAUUUCAAGUUGUGGUGAGAGGCAACGGCUUUUAUCACACAAGAAAUAUCAACCAGGUGCUCUGCAACUUCAAGCUCAAUGACAGCCUUACUAUCAAUGAAAAGCCUACCCUUGUUCAUGAUACGUACUUACUUUGUCCUGCCCCAGUAAUAGAAGAUGCUGGACAGAUGGUUUUCCUACAAGUCAGCAUGAACAAUGGGCUAACAUUCAUCUCCAGCACUGUCAACAUCACCAGUACACAGUGUCUGACUGGAACCAUCCUUUUCACUGCUCUCCUGAUUCUCUUUCUGCUGCUGGCUCUGGCUCUUGUUUGGUGGUUCUGGCCCCUCUGCUGCACAGUGGUGAUCAAGGAGCCACCUCCACCACCACCUCCAGAGCCAGAGUCAGAUGAUGAUGAUGGAUUGCCAAAGAAAAAGUGGCCAACUGUGGAUGCAUCUUAUUAUGGCGGUCGAGGUGUUGGUGGGAUAAAGAGGAUGGAGGUGCGAUGGGGAGACAAGGGGUCAACAGAGGAAGGAGCAAAACUGGAGAAACCCAAAAAUGCUAUUAUUAAGUUGCCAGAACAGGAGUAUGAGCCAUGGGAACCCAAGCCUAAAAAGCCCCAUGUGAGAAAACCACCUUCCCAGCGGAAAUGGUACACUCCCAUCAAGGGCAAACUUGAUGCACUGUGGGCUUUGGUUCAACAGGGCUAUGAUCAAGUGUCUGUUAUGAGACCACAGCCAGGGGAUAAGGGAAGAUGCAUAAACUUCACUCGAGUGAAAUCAGAUGGAACCUCUGCUCGUUACAGCCAACCACCACAGCAUGACAAUGUUCCUAUCAACAAUGCUCCAAGGAAUCCCUCUGUGUCUCUGCAGCCUCCUUCCAGGCAACCACCUCCUGGACCACCCCCAUCCCGAGCUCCUCCUGGACCUCCUCCUUCACGCCCACCCCCACAGCCCAUGGCUUAGAGUGCAGGAAAACCCUCAUAGACAAAAUGUCUCUUUGCUGAACAUGGUGUAUUUAUUGAGUAUUGGUUUACAGUUAAAGAUAUAUCAGAAUUUGUUGCUGGUCAGCAAAAAAGAAGAAAGAAGAAGAAAAAAAAAAAGAAAAAUUUCCAAGUGUCAGCUUUAGUGUAUGAAUAUAUUUAUACCACAUGUACUGAGUAAUCUUUCAGUGGAUAGAUUUAGAGCUAUGGGAUAUAGAAACAAGCAAAAAUUAUCAUCUAGAUACAGUAGCAGCUUUUGCAUGUAUACAUUUGAAGAUCUAUUGGCAUGACAUUUGUCUGACUUGGCAUGUCAGAUCAUUCAUUAAUAAUUUUAGCUAGUGUGUGCAUCAUUACUGCACCCAGAUGUUAAUAUGGAACCAUAACUGAAAUAGAACUUUCUGCCUUUGAUUCUGCAGGUGGAAUUUCCAUGCAAGUUUAUAAGAAGGCUGUUAACAAUAAUGAGGUAAAAUGAGACUAUGUCCCAAUAAUCUAGCAUCAUUUCUUCUCCUGAGAAAAUUAGUUUUGAGCCUGCCAUCUCUGCAUAUGUUUAGACUUGGUUGCAUGGGAUAGCCAGUGAAGGCCAGAUCCUUGUUCUAGAAAUCCAGUCCUUGAACAAGACCUAAGUUCAGAUUUGUCCAAAAUUUAGAGGAAUUUUGAGACAAAAAUUUUGGCUAGAUGUAUGGUUUUCAUUCACAGAAAACAUGAUCCAAAAUAGAGGAAAUAUACAUGUGAUUUGAGCAUGAAUGCUGCAAUAUGCAUUAUUUCUAUCAGUAGCAUCGAUAGACUGAUUCUAUUGCUAUUCAGUUAGAUAAAUUUUCAUUUGAUCUGGCUGACAAGCAGGACUAGAACCUCUUGUGAUUCAAACAUUAAUUCCUCUAUGAUCAGCUCUUUCUUUAAACAGCCCAGGUCCCACUAAUAUGUAACCUUGCAGUCUUAUGUGUAGUUGAGAGGCAUGGCAUGAUGUGUAUGAGCUUUUAUCCCUGUUUUAUAUAAUUUUUGGCUAGAGGAUUUCCCAGACAUUGACUGCUCACCCAUGACUUAAAUUGUUUGUCAUCACAAAGUGAUGUGAGCACCCACACAGAGGUGGGAAUUUAUGACAGAGGACUGUGGGUCCCAUGAAUAGUGUUCACUAAGCAAUACCUGAGUGGCUUGUGCACAGAUCAUUCCCUAGUGAACCAAAUAACCCAUGAGCUUGCUUUUUCAUACUGUAUUGGAGAGGCUGACUACAUAUCCCUGUGCUGGUUUGCUUUGGCAUUGGCUGUGUGGAUAGUUGUAGGAAUAAUGCUUAUGAUGCAUUAUGACAUGGCAUAUACCUAUCUCCAUCUGUGUGGGCAUGUGUAGCACAUCACAGUAGUUAUUGGCACAGAAGUCCAAGUUUAAGUACUAACUGUAUUCUGUAGUUACUCCAGAUUUAAGGCCUCUACACAUUGCUACUGGCAAAUGAAGUUGCAUGGAUACAGAUACAAAUCAGGCUUACUAUUUCUAGUGGAAGUCCCACUUGCAGAACACCAUACCAAGCUCUCAUCAGUGAGAUGAUGAUCAGUGUGACAUGUUGCGUGUAUGCAGCUGAGGCUAUCAGAGAUAAUCUCAGGAGAACCACAGAACCUCUUUCUCCUCUCGCACUUCUCUGCUCUCUUGAGUCACAGUCUUACCUCGUGUGUCGGUGCAGGUAGUGAAAUCACACUCAUGGGUGCCACCUCACCUUGGAGCUGUUUCUGAUUUAGGUCUGAGCCAGCAAAGCGCUUUUAGUCAGUUGAAUAGGGUAUUCACAAUUUGGUCCAGAAGAAUGGAUUUCUGUUUGGAGGAGAGAGAAGUGUGUGCAUUUGUGUGUGUUUAUUUGUGGGAAUGGUGUAGGUCAUUGUUUUCUCUUCCUUUACAAAACUGCUGGGAGAGAAGCCCUCCUAUGAAUGGAAAGGUGUUUCGUAGCCAGAACACACAGUCAUCACUUAGCUCUGUUUCUUCCAGUUGAAAGGUGGAACUAAAGUCCAAUUUUCCACCACAGUUCCAGUGAAGCUCCACUUUUGACAUCAGUGAAAGGACCAGUUGUGAUAUGUUUGUAACAUUGAACCUAUUAUGUUUAGCCUCUCCUGAUGGCUAAGAAUAAUCAGCCAACAAAUGCUAACCAGGAAUUGAAACAGUAGAAGGUAAUAGAACCUAUUCCUCUGCCAGGACAAAAAAAAUGGUGUCUGUCAACUGAGAGCUGGCUCAAAAUAAAUGGAGGGACAAAAUCCCUUUAACUGGCUCUAUAUAUUUUGACCCUUGUUUCAGUAUGCUUGUAUGUCAGUUGUGACAGUAGUAACACUGCUAAGAAAUCAUAUGGAAUGAUUCUCCUAUAUUUUCCAGUAUAUAGCAUCAUUAGAAACUUGCAAAAAGUGAGUAUCUAAAUCUAAGAGAAAACUAACUAAAUCUAAGAGGAAAAAAUACAGAUUCAGAGGACCUUUGACUCACACUUAGCACAGAUGUGAAGGACAGGGUGCAAAGCAGCAGGGAGGGAAGCCCCAUUUGUUUAAAGCUGAUACAGAAUGACAGUGAUCAAAGUGUGUUUAUGGCCAUCUUUCAACCUCUGUGCAUGUAUUGCCAUCUGUGAUAUUAGACUGCAGAGCAGACGGUCCUAAAUGUAAAAAGAAAAAAAGAAAAAAGAAAAAAAAAAAAGAAAAGGAGAAAAGAAAAAGAAAAAAGAAAAAGGGGGGGGGGGGGGAAGAAUAAGCUCCUCAUCUGAAUGAGCAAGUGUGUAACAAUGAUUUACAUUAUUUCAUGAACUGUACAAGUUCAAAUGCAUGUGCACCUGGUGCUCCAAAUGCUUGUGACUCUUGUUUGUCUUUAUGUUGGUCAGUAUGUUUUCUCUUUCUUUGCUUUUCUAUUGUCUUGUGUUUUGAAGGAAACACAUUUCACUGAGAAAACUGCCCUACUUCUGUAAAUACAGAGUUUAAUUUGGAGGAGACAGCACAAUUCUUGGUGUUACUGCUGGACAGUUAUUUAUUAAAAAGAGAUUAAGAUUAAUAACUACUGGUGGCUCAGGAUACAUGCAUGUAAGUGUGAUAAUGCAAUAUAGCAUUUUCAGUUCUCUGGUUUUGGAGGAAGGGGAGUUUUUGGGUCAUCCUAGUUUGUUUAGAAGUUUGUUACUGAUCUGAUACUCUUGAAUAAUGCAGUAGUUUCUUAACAUAUAGCAUUUCUUGAACAGCUGUGUAGAUUGUGAUAGAUUUUUCUUUUGGGGCAGGGUAGUGAAGGAGAAAUGUUACAGUUUCUAAGGGAAAAAACUGUACUGUAUAUCUUUUUUUAGAAAAAGAUGUGUAUUUUCUGAAAUAGGGGGGAUGUAGGCUCAUAGACAGGGCAUGGAGAUGAUGGGCAGAGGAAGGAGUUGGAUUUUUAAGGGACAAAGAAGUUUUACAUGGGGGGCUGAGUUUGUUACUGGUACAUGUGGUACAAAUCUCUGCAACUGACACUCUGUUUCCAUGUUAUAAUCAUAUAACCUUUAUGCAUUUUAUUUGCCUGCUCCAUUUUUCUGAGAAAACCUUGCAAAUGUAAUGCUUGCAUGCAGAUGUGGGAGAUGUAGCCCAGGUCUUAUAAUCCAACAUAAAGUAGUCUUAAUGGAUUCAAACCAACAAUAAAAGUGCUUACUGGUUAAA